AGCUAGCAGGGCCCAAGUGCUGUGGGCGCCAGCCCGAGAUCUUGCAGCUCGGAGAGUGGUGCAACAAGGGGGGUUACAGACUGUCGUGCUGGAUCACACCGACAAGAAAGAGGAUCGCUGCGCCCUGGCCUGGCUCAAAGUGGUUUGGGGCGAGGCUGUGGCCCCUUCCAAGGCCACCCUGGAGAGGCGAGCGCAGGGCUUGGAGGACACGGAGGUCGAGGACAGGUCUCUGAGCGCAGAGGUGCAGAAGGAAACGGAGGAGAAGUUCGAGACCUUCCACAAGUGGGUGAUCGACCCGUCCUGUUUUGGAGACGACCUUCUCCUCGGGCCCAUGGCGCGGGCGGGUUCAAUAACGGCAAGCCUAGGAUGUUCCCGGCGGCGAAGGUGAUGACGGUCAGCAGGUCCAACCAGGCGGGCCACGCCAAGCGCGAGCGCGUGGGCCAGGGGAGCCUUGUUUACGAGGAGGCGGAGCCGCUCAUCCUGGAGCUGGACAGCACCCGCCUCCACUACCGUUUGCGACAGCAUGAGGUUAUCGGCAACAUGUGGGUUGUUACGGGGUGCUUUGUAGUUGGCGAGGGUGACAAGGCAGGCCCGUUUUGUCACUGGCAAGACGCCUGCCUGUACGUUGCAACGCUCAUGGACAAGACGGAGGCGCUUUGCGACAAGUGCACCGAGGACUCCGUACUCGCCUACUUGGAGAAGGUGGAAGAGAGCCUUCGCGGUGGCGUUAUUGGGGAGGUGCGCAAGCGCGCGGACCCCAGGACGUGGAUGGAAGCCCUCCGGUAGGUUUUCAAGGGGCACUCCGAGACCUGGAACGAGCACAACGACACGCUUCGCCCCAUCUUCGGUGCGAAGAGUGGCAGUCCGAACGCGCCCCAGUUGCAGGCGAGGUUCCGGGAGCUGCGCGGGGCCUUUCUCCGGCCGCAGCCGCAGCCGCAGCUUCCCUUGGAACCCGCAGCACGGCAAGCUGGUUUCCCAGGUUCUCGGAGCCUACCGCCGCGCGAAGACGGCCUCGGUCAGAGACAUCAGGCGGCAAGAGCAUCAAGCUCUGUUCGGCGCUGUUGUCGCACAGGGGGGGGCUAGUGGGGCAUGUGCCCCAAGGUCGAGCUCAAUGGCUGCAGCCUGGUGCUCGCCAAGUCCCGCCGGGCGUGCGGGCAGCGCCACAAACCGGCCAACCACGAGGAGACAACGCACGGCUACCUGAUGCUGGCUUGACGGUGCGGGGGCUCUUGCGACGACGCGGGGUGGCCCCAAUAUGCACAGGAAUUCUCAUGGGGGGCAUUGCCUUCUGCUGGGCCUAGUGGCCCGUCCGGGGGUGACCUUAUCUGUAGGCCGAUUGUGCUCUUGGCAAUGAUCGCCGUCGCUUGCCCCGUUGCAGCCGGACAAGAGUGCAUGGGAGUGGAAUUUUCGGAUACUGAUGUCUGGGAGUCCAUUUACGACUCACUGCACGUGGGGCAAUGCAAUUACCUCCAACAUGUGCUAUAUUGGUCACGCAGAGCGGCUGAUUCUGGAUUCGGUGUUGCAAGUGGUGCAGGCCCUACUCGGAUCGUAUUGUCGUGCUCGCUGCGAGCGUGGCUGCGCUCGGCGGCGUACAAGUUGAA